GCUUCCUCGCGACGUCGCCGGCAGUGUGGAUCGCUCCAUGCGGGCUGUGACGACGCCGCAGUGCGCGUGCAAGUGGAGCCCGUGCUCGUGCUCCUCGUCCCGGCGCUCGAACGAGUACCACACCUGGCGUUCGCGCAGCAGGCGCCCUUCACGAGGCGAGGAUGGAGGACGCUACAGCGAGGAGGAGGACGAGGAAGAGGGCUCGUCUUCGAGCGCCGAGGACGGGACGAGUGCGGAGUCUGCCCUGGCAGGCGGCGGCGUGACCUUAAAGCCGCAGCAGCACCGCAAACGCUGCUGCGACGACGACUUCUCGUCCCUGUCGACGCGACUUCGCUGUCUGCUGGCCGCAGUCAUCGUGCUUCUCGUGCUCACGGCGGUCUUCGUGCCGCUCUACUACUUCGUCUUCAGGGAGCACUUGGGCCCGCUUUGGCGAACCCUGUUCGGGAGGCGCGUCGCCGACGUGUCCGGCGGAGCGGAGACCACCGUCGGCGGAACUACGCUGGACGAGACGCUGGCGCCCUUUCCGGCGACACCGGAGUGGAAGCCGCAGUGCCCCGAGGCACCGGUGCUGGAGCGGAACCGUUUCGACUGCUUCCCGGAGAACCCCGACGUUGACUUGAGCACGUGCGAGGACCGCGGAUGCUGCUGGGCUGUCACCAACGUUCGCAACGACAAGGACGGCCCUGCCGCCAGGGAACACUUCAGAGACCAUGUGCCCAAGUGCAUACUGCCACUCAACUCUGGCUACCGGAUAGCGGGCCCCGAGGAGUCCCUGUUCGCUGGCUACGAGGUGCCACUGCUGAGGAUCCCGUCCCCUUCUCGGUACGGAGACGAUAUCACGCACCUCAAGGUGCGCGUCCAUAUGCAGACGCCAUAUCGCCUAAGGGUCAAGAUCUACGACUCUUCCGAGCAGCGCUACGAGGUCCCGGACCCCGUGAUCCCCGUCGAGAUGGACCUCGGAUCUCCUCUCGUUCACGAAGGGGACGUGCAGAUGUACGCUACCAGCUACAGCCUGGGCAGCGAUCCGUUCAGUUUCCAAGUGCGACGAACCAAGACGGGUACCGUCAUCUUCGACACAGGCGUUGGUGCGCUGGUGUUCUCGCACCAGUUCCUGCAGAUUUCGGCCCGUUUGCCCAGCAGCCUCGUGUAUGGUCUUGGGGAACACGUGCACGACCAUUUCAAGCACGACAUGAAUUGGAGGACGUGGGCCAUAUUCAACAGGGACGCCUUCCCUGAGGACUACUCGAAUCUCUACGGCUCGCACCCGAUGUACAUGUGCAUCGAGAAGGACAACAGCGCUCACGCCGUGCUUUUGCUCAACAGCAACGCCAUGGAGAUUCAGCUACAACCAACCCCAGCUGUGACAUUGAGGACCACUGGUGGUGUCCUUGAUUUUUAUUUCUUCAUGGGACCCUCUCCCGAAGAAGUUGUCAGGCAAUACACCGAGGCAGUGGGCCGUCCGAUGAUGCCACCGUAUUGGGCACUUGGAUUCCACCUGGGCCGCUGGGGUUAUCGCACCACCGACUACGUGCGAGACACGCAGAAAAAAAUGCGUGACAUGAACAUGCCGCAGGACGUGGCUCACGUGGACAAGGAUAUUCUGUACAAGCAAAGGUUGUUCACCUUGGACCAGAACAACUUUGCCAAGCUUCCAGACCUCGUUAAAGACCUGCACGGCCGUGGCCAGCGCUUCACCGUCGUCAUGGAGCCAGGAGUGGCUGCUCCGCGUGGAGAACCCGGUCCUUACGUUCCACUGGAGAGUGGAGAGAGGCUUGGAGUGUUCGUCAACGACACUUGGGGAACGCAGCCAAUACAGGGCUUGGGUUGGCCAGGUAAUAUGAUGUUUCCAGACUUCGGGAAUCCUGUGACUCAAGCAUGGUGGUCGGAGCAACUACGUGAAUUUCACCAAAUCGUGCCUUUCGAUGGUCUCUGGAUUACUGGUAAUGAGCCGUCUAACUACGCCAAUGGUUCGGUCAACGGAUGUCUUCAGGACAAUCUCAAUCAACCACCAUACAAACCAAAGACAAAAGGACAUCGCCUGUUCGAGAGAACUCUCUGCAUGGACUCUGUACACUGGUUCAAAGGUACCAAGCACUGCCACUACAAUUUGCACAACCUCUACGGCAAGGCCAUGAGCCAAGCAACAGUCAAUGCCCUGAACGCGCUGUCCGUAGGCCGGCGCAGCCUAGUCAUGUCUCGCUCGACGUUCCUGGGCAGUGGUCGAUACGUGGGCCACUGGUUGGGUGACAACGCAAGCCGCUGGCCGGAUCUGGGCCACUCUAUCAUCGCUAUGCUCGAGUUUGGCCUGUUCGGCAUACCACUGGUAGGCGCCGACGUGUGCGGGUUUUACGACGAUGCCAAUGAAGAACUCUGUUUGCGCUGGAUGCAGCUGGGUAUCUUCUAUCCUCUAGUCCGAAACAACAAUGCCAUUGAAAGUAGUGCUCAAGACCCGUCGGCGUUCAGCGAAGAUUACCAAGCGGUGGCGCGCAGUGCCCUCAAGCUUCGAUACGAGCUGCUCCCUUUCCUGUACACCCUGUUUCACCACGCUCACACCAAGGGCACCACCGUAGCGAGGCCGCUCUUUCACGUGUUUCCAAACGACACGCAGACGUACGCAAUUGACAAGCAGUUCAUGUGGGGCGAGGCCCUUUUGAUGACUCCUGUCCUGGAACCGGGGGUUGUCUCCGUGGAGGGCUACUUUCCGGCGGGAAAGUGGUAUGACUACCACACGGGUCGGGAAUUCUCCAGCUACAAGAACGGCCAGUGGCUUCCCGUGUACUCGCCGCUCUUCGACCCGAACCGACCGUGUAACUUGCACGUACGUGGCGGCACUGUGAUCCCCACGCAGGGACACGCCAACACCACAACUGUGAGCCGGAAGAAUUCCAUGAGACUUUUGGUAGCACUUAAUGCGUCUGGCGAAGCCAUUGGUGACCUUUACUGGGAUGAUGGAGAGACCAGAGAUGCCCAACUUUUGGGGGAAUACGUGUACCUCAAGUUCCGUGCGGUGAACAACACACUUGAGAUAUGCAGCUACCAGUACAAGAAGCUCUUCAACUCGACGUUCGACGAGUUGGCCAUCAUGUCCGUUCGAGUGCUGGGCAUCCGACGGAGGCCCGCCCGGGUCGAACUAGACGGCUACUACCUCCUAUCGCGGAGGCAGUACCGGUGGCACCACAGCAACAAGGUGAUGGACUUGAAGCAGAUUCUCAUGCCUCUCAGGAAAAACACCACCGUCCGAUGGUUCAUGUCGUGACACAGGCACACCAAUAGGCACCUCGGCUUCGCCGCGGCCGACCGAACUGGCCGCUACCGUGGUCGCUGCUGGCGAGAUAGCUAGAACGAGUGGCCCGUGACGGCAUGCCCGAGGAGGACCAAGUGGACACUGCUGCAGAAGAGGAAAGAGCGUCCUGCGAUUGUUUCUAAGUCAGACUUUGCCGUGGACCUCGCGGUGCUGUGUGCAACAGUUUGAAUGUGUGCCGUCGCACGUCUAUACGUGAGACUACGUGAGGCAGUGCCGCCGUAACAAGGAGUUGUGGCUGUAUGGAACAAUGACAUCUCUCGGUACUUUUUUCUGGCCACAAUUACGGACGCUUAUCUGCACGUCAGCUUUGAUAACGACGCGGAAUAGAAAACGACAAUUGUCGCAAAAGAAACCAACACGUUGACUGUCAAAACAAUGGCCUUCGGUGCGCCUAUAGUUCUCUAACAAUUUCUAUUCUUCUCUUUCCUCUCUCUCUCUCUCAUCUUUAUGUCCCUUCCUAUUCCCCCAGCGUAGGGUAGCAAACCGGGCAUGUGCCUGGUUAACCUCCCUGCCUUCCCUCUUGUUGUUUAUCCCCUCCUCUAUUAGGGGACCAGAAAGAGAUAUGCUCUUGUUUCCUAUCCAAAGCCGCGUUCACUAAGCUAUUUUGCAUAAAAAGACGACUGAGUUUGACGUCGUGUAUUACGACCGUCUGGAGAAAUGAUCGUCGACCGUUUGCCGAACUGAUCUACUUACGAAAUUGAUUUCCGUGUAAGCUCUAGCUAGCAACUGACGGUGGCGUUCUUAUAAGUUGUUGAGCACACCUCGAUUCUUGUGGUUGUGGAUACACCACGAUGCUUCGGAAGUCCCUUUGCGGCAGUUGCAAAUGCUUCGCCUAAUCUGCGUCUGCGCGCCGCCAAUUCUAUUGACUAAACGUUCCAAGUGAAUUAGGACGCAAAGCUAUCGAAGACGAAAAAAGCAAGCCCAAGUAAUAAGCAUAUGGAGAUGGCAUUUCUAAGCAGUGUUACCGCUGCCCGGUUUAGGCUGUAGUGCAUAGCAUGGGUGCGACUCAGAAAAUGUCGGUAUUGCUCUGCUGUAAUCUAAUGGCAGAGGGAAUGCUGUACGUAGGUGACAUGUAUACAUAUUACCCUACCAGCACAUCGUCUCCCAGGCCCCAGCGGAGGGAAAUACAAUAACGACGACUGUAAUUUCAUACCUGUCUGAGAAUGUGGGUACACAUGUUCACUAAUUAUUUCGGAGUGGCCCCCUGAAUGGAUUUUUGAAAUCAGAAUGAACGGUUAUCGUGGCACCAAAAAAAGCGUUGCUUUUCACUGCCGCCAAGCGUUGUCUGAUAAGCGGUCGCAUCCACGACGACUUAGCGCAAUAGAAGAGACAACAAUUUGGAAUUCAGCUGAACCUGAGUGACACCGAGACCAUCAGCGCGCUAAAAGGGGUGAUGCUUUCCUCGUGGUAAAAAAACAAGCAAAAAAAAGACGCAAAAAACGCUUAAUCUGAGAAGGGAGGAAGCAAAAUAUAAAUCGGGUCGGAAAAUGCGCACAAAAAAUGCUCUUUCGUUCGAUGAAGUCAAAUUGGAAGUAUAU